AUGUUGUACACAGAUGGUGACAAACUCACCUUUCGUUUCGACGACCACCUACUAUGGAUCCAACCAUGGGGCGAAAAUGCAUUCCGCAUCCAAGCAACCAAGCUGGCAUCCAUGCCGACAGAGGACUGGGCACUCAGCUCAAAGCCAGAGAGUCCUCCACCAAUCUUUGAAAGUCUAGAUAGCCAAGCCAAAACAAUCACAAAUGGAAAUAUCAAAGCGACAGUUUCCCCACGGGGCAAACUCAUAAUCAACAACUCAAAGGGAAUCAAGCUCGUGGAUGAAUACGCCCGCAAUCGACGAGAUCCUCUCGAUGAAAAAUGCAGUGCCUUGGAAAUCGAAGCCAGAGAACUACGUCCUAUUUUGGGUGGAGACUUCCACCUAACGGCACGAUUUGAAUCUCUGGAUCCCAAAGAGAAAAUCUUCGGAAUGGGUCAAUACCAACAGCCAUACUUGAAUCUUAAGGGGACUGAUCUGGAGCUCGCGCAUCGCAAUUCUCAAGCCAGUGUCCCAUUUGCUAUCUCAUCGCGUGGAUACGGGCUUUUAUGGAAUAAUCCAGGAAUUGGACGAGCAGUGUUUGGAAGAAACGUGAUGAGCUUCGAGGCGUACUCUACAAAGGCUCUCGACUAUUGGAUCGUAGCUGGAGAUACUCCAGCGCAGAUCGAAGAAGCUUAUGCAAGCGUGACGGGGUAUGUUCCCAUGAUGCCAGAGUAUGGACUCGGGUUCUGGCAAUGCAAGCUUCGCUACUGGAAUCAGGAGCAACUACUCAACGUGGCACGAGAAUAUCGCCGUCGUGAGGUUCCUCUUGAUUUGAUUGUAAUUGAUUUCUUCCAUUGGAAACAUCAAGGUGAAUGGAGCUUUGAUGCGGAGUUUUGGCCGGACCCUGAUGCCAUGAUCAAGGAGCUCAAGGAACUCAAGGUAGAGCUUAUGGUUUCCAUCUGGCCUACAGUUGAGAAUGCAUCUGAGAACUAUCCCGAAAUGUUAGAGCGUGGACUUUUAAUCCGACACGAUCGUGGGCUACGAGUGGCAAUGCAGUGCGACGGGGACAUCACCCACUUCGACGCUACUAAUCCAGAGGCACGCAAAUUCGUCUGGAGCAAAGUGAAGAAGAACUAUUACCAACGUGGUAUCAAAGUGUUCUGGCUAGACGAAGCGGAGCCAGAGUAUUCGAUCUACGACUUCGAUAUCUACCGGUAUCAUGCUGGCAGUAAUCUCCAGAUUGGCAACAUCUUCCCUAAGGAAUAUGCGCGUGGCUUUUACGAGGGAAUGCAAGAGGACGGACAAGAAAACAUCGUGAAUUUGCUGCGCUGCGCCUGGGCAGGAAGCCAGAAGUACGGAGCUCUUGUCUGGAGUGGUGACAUCGCGUCCUCUUGGAGCUCUUUCCGGAACCAAUUGGCAGCUGGUCUAAAUAUGGGCCUUGCUGGAAUUCCCUGGUGGACAACUGAUAUUGGAGGCUUUCACGGGGGCAAUCCAGAUGACCCUGACUUCCGGGAAUUGUUUACCCGCUGGUUCCAGUGGGGUGCAUUUUGCCCUGUGAUGCGACUACAUGGAGACCGCGAACCAAAGCCUGAAGGACUACCGACUGCGAGCGGAGCAGAUAAUGAGAUUUGGUCGUAUGGGGAUGAAGUUUACGAGAUCUGUAAGAGAUUUAUUGGAAUCCGUGAAGAGCUCCGUGAGUAUACUCGGAGCUUAAUGAAGGAAGCUCAUGAGAAGGGGACACCUGUUAUGCGCACACUAUUUUACGAAUUUCCUCAAGAUGAGAAGGCUUGGGAUGUUGAAACGGCUUAUAUGUUUGGAUCUCGCUAUUUGAUUGCACCUGUCUUGGAGCCUGGAAAGCGCAAGCAAAGUGUCUAUCUACCAGUCGGAGCCUAUUGGACAUUAUGGGGGAAGGCCAGUAUGCGACCAGAAUGUAUUCCAAAGGUAUUUGAAGGUGGAAGCACAGUUGAAGUAGAUUGUCCGAUUGAGACUAUGCCAGUAUUCUUUCGCGUCAACUCAAGAUGA